AUACGGCUCUGAGGAAGUCGAGGAAGUCGGCGCGGCGUUUAGCCGUUUUGCGCGUUUUGCGACUUCGGCGAGGACGCGAAGAGUUUCGUGGCGCCAUCAGACGCUAGUGAACGGAAGCUUGCGUGCUUUCUGCCUUCUGGCUCACCUCUGCCUUUCUGUCGCUACUCUUGGGAAAUGUAGCGACUCUAGCCAGAACAACCGAGGACCCGCUGCAGUGUGGUCCGUGAUUCUGUGAUGUUUGCGAUCACCUGCUCCCGCCUAACUUUGUGGAAGGCCUCGGCUAUGUUUAUGAAAGUUUGUCCAUUCCCCUGUCUAUAAGUGCCCGAUUUCCUAUUGAAUUUGUUCCUUUCUUGAUACGUCCAACCUACUGUGAUGAGUGAACUCACGCCCGAGGAGCUGCGCAAGCGGCGCCUGGCACGCCUCGCGGGAACGGUGAACGAUGCCCCGGCGGUGAGGGGUUCGAGGGCGCCCGAGGAGGAGGGCGCCCCGGAAGAGGUGGCGGGGGCGGCGGCGUGCUCCCGGAGUGAACCCUGGGAGUCGCCGCACCAGGACCCCUGCAAGAGGCCAAAGGCACAGCCAGAGACUGCCCCAGACAGCAGCGCUACAGCAAAGGCCUGUCCCAUGGAGUCCGAGAGCGGGGAUGUCCACAUGCAGACGGUGGACACAGACAAUGACUCCUGUGAAAAAAGCUUCCUGUCUCAGCUGGACGUAGACUCUGGUAUUGAGAACAUGGAGGUGGACGAGCUGGAGAGGCGGGACUCCAUCAAGCACAGGGAGAGCAAGGAGACUGUGGAGGAGCAAGUGCAGGCCUGUCUGGGACGGGUGUUCCAGGCACGCUGGUGUCCCAACGUGGCCACGCCCUCGGAAGCAGUGGCGGUGGCACUGCCCCAGACAGAGGCGGCCUGCUUCCAGCUGCAGUCCGCCCCCUUUGGCGAGCUGAUCCAGCACAUACUGUCUGAGAGCCUGCAGCUGAUCCGGCUGUGCGAACACAACCCGUUCCAGAAGGCAGGCCCUGCCGAGGACGACUCUCCGGUUCCUUCUGUUUGUGUGAGCCCGGAGAGGUCGGUGGGGGAUUCGGCGGCCGACAGAGGAGCGGAGACCUCGAGGGAGCGGUCCGAGUGUCCGGCCCUGGAACACCUCUUCGCCUGCUAUGCUCGGGUGGCCUUGGAAGAGCGGAACGCUCCUAAGCGCUGCAGCGAGCACCCACUGAGGGAGCUGCUCUCGGAGGUGAGGGCCCAGUGCGUCCACUUUGCCCUGCUCCUGCUCAAGGGCACCCUCUUCGGCCCCUGGUCUCCCUGCAAGCGUUCUCUGCUCCUGAGUCCCCUGCUGAAACAGUCCCUUCCCAGGGGCUUCCUGCAGGAGAUGAUGUGCGUGGCACACCAGGACCAGACAUGCUUCGCACAGGUGUUUGGGCCACUGCUGCAGGGCCUGGUGCAACGCAUGCGGCAGUGCUCGCUGCUGACAGACUCCUUCAAGGCACCCCUUCAGGCGCUCGUGGAGCUGUGCGACCUUCGUUGCCCCCCGAGCUCAGCGAGACCCUUCUGUGACCUGAUGGUCCAGGACCCCCUGUGGCUGCCCCAGCCCGUGUCGGCCGCUACAGGCAAGGAGGUGGCACGUCUCUCCCUCCUGGGACCCUUCUUGGGGCUCUCCGUCUUUGCCGAAGACGACGCACGCAUUGUGAAUGCCUACUACCUGCAAAGCGCCAUGACCUCCGAGAACAUGCAUUUCGUCAACAAAUCCCUUCAGAGCAUGCUCGAGUUUGCCAGGACCCAGAUGCAUCACGUCUUCCGAGCACUACUGAUGAAUGCGGGCAGCCGGGAGAAGGUGCUGGGCUACAUUGCCUCUGUGCUCAGGGCCAAUGAGAAGCGAUCGCAGCUCCAGGUGAAUGAACGCCUCGUGGCCACGGACGGCUUCAUGCUCAAUCUCAUGGUGGUGCUACAGAUGCUGGCGGUCAAGGUUAAGCCGGACAAGGUCGAUCCUUACUACCCGUUCCAUCCGGCGUCGCGUGUGGACAUCACCGGAGACACGCGGCUCAGGAUGACAGCCCAGGAGGCGGAGCAGUUCUCCCAGGAAUUGCGUGCGCGGGAGGGAAAGCAGUGGUGCGAAGAGGCGCCCAAGUUUCCGACAGAGUGCCUGUUCCUGGCGCUGCAGUGCGCCCACCUGGGCCUGAGCCCCGCCCUGGGGCGCUACGGACGGCGCCUGCGAGCCAUCCGGGACCUGCAGCGCAUGGCCCAGGAGAUGGCGGCCGCCCAGCCCCUCUGGGAGCACCUGCCCAACGCGGAGCGCAACCGCAGGCUCAUUCGCAAGUGGAGGGCUCAGGCCAAGAAAAUCUCCAAGAGCAAGGCGUGCGCAGAUGCCGGCCUCUUGGAUCUGCAGCUGUUGGGGCGCUGCUUGGGCUUCUACAAUCAGGUUGCUUCGGUGCUUCUCAAGGUUCUAGAAACGACGUCUCCCACGGAGGUUCCUCAGUUGUUUGCUGCCUACCCAGAGUGGUACAUCGAGGACAUUGCCGACUUCCUGCUCUUUGCCAUUCAGUACCAGCCGUCGUCGAUGGAGUCCCAGGCGGGGCCCCUGGCACAGCUGCUGGGCUGGCUGCUGUGCUGCCCGCAGUGGCUGUCCAACCCCUACCUGGGGGCCAAGCUGGUGGAGGUGCUCUUCUGUGCCAGCCCCCUGGUGCAGCCACCGGGCAGCGCCUGCGGCUUCUCGGCCGCUGUGCUCAGCCUGCCCCUGGCCCAGAGCACCAUGGGGCCCGCCCUCAUGCGCUUCUACACCGACGUCGAGUCCACGGGCGCCGCUUCUGAGUUUUACGACAAGUUCACAAUACGCUACCAUAUCAGCAUCCUGCUCAAGAGCCUGUGGGAGAGUCCACGCCACAAGGAGGCGAUCCUGAAGGAGGCCGCCCAAGGGCGGCAGUUUGUGCGCUUUGUCAACAUGCUCAUGAACGACACGACGUUCCUGCUUGACGAGUCCCUGGAGUCCCUCAAGCGCAUUCACCAGACGCAGGAGGAAGCGAGGGACGUGGAAGCCUGGGCGCGGCUGGGGGCGGAAGCCCAGCAGGCGCGGCAGCGGCAGCUGUCCCAGGACGAGCGGCAGUGCCGCUCCUACCUGACCCUGGCCAGGGAAACCGUGGACAUGCUGCACUACCUGACCGCAGACGUGCCCGAGCCCUUCCUAAGACCCGAACUGGUGGACCGGCUGGCGGCCAUGCUGAACUUCAACCUGCAGCAGCUGUGCGGACCCCGCUGCAAGGACCUGAAGGUGCAGCAGCCCGAGAAGUACGGCUGGGAGCCCAGGAGGCUGCUGGACCAGCUGACGGACAUGUACCUGCACCUGGACUGCCCGCCCUUCCUCCAGGCCGUGGGCAGGGACGAGCGUUCCUACAGGGCCUCCCUCUUUCAGGACGCAGGAGCCCGCAUGCGCAAGGCACACGUGAAGACCCGCCCUCAGCUGGAGCAGUUUGAGCAGCUGGCUGCCCGCAUUGAGCGCUCUCUGGCCGAGGCACGCCAGCGGCAGGUGGACUAUGGGGACGCCCCGGAUGAAUUCAGGGACCCUCUGAUGGACACCCUGAUGGAGGACCCCGUGGUGCUCCCCAGUGGCAACGUGGUGGACAAGGGUACCAUAGUGCGCCACCUGCUCAACUCCAACACGGACCCCUUCAACCGGCAGCCGCUCACAGAGGACAUGCUCAGGCCAGCCGAGGACCUCAAGCGGCGCAUACACGAGUGGAAACAGUCCAAGGCCAGCCAGUGAAAGGGCAGCUCUCGACACCGCAGCCAUGGAGCCGUUCCCACUCCCACCGGCGACCAGCCCCGACCCGCCCCACGUGCACUGGCUGGUGGUGUGCGUUGGUUCGUUUGCUCCGACCAGUGCCCGACCGAUGGGCCGCUGCAAUAACUGCAAAGUGCCAGGACUGUGGGUUGCCGGCGUGGUGCAAGGGACGGAUUUCUGUCGCGUGGUUCUCUCAUCCGUUUUGUUUUCUCUCAGACUUCCAUUCUCAAAGUGUCUGUUCCAUCGACGUUUCAGUGUGGGCGGUGCAGCGGACUCUGCCCGCUCUGGCUUGUUGUUUGUUCGUGAACGUGAGUUGUAGGUCGGAGAAUGUAUCUUGAGAGGAAGAGAGCCCAGGGUUGUUGUUGCUGUUGGCCAGGUGUGUGGUAUAGCCACGUCGUCGUUCGUCCAACGGCGCAGUUCAGAAGCAAUGUUUGGUUUACUAAAGGGUGAAGUCAGGUGUCAUGGCGGAAAUGUGUGUUCUUCAUUCGAGUGGAAACGUUGCUAUAGUCGACAGGUUGAAACCCCCCCCCCCCCACUUCUGUAGAUGGGUCUAUUCUUCUUUGGCAGAUGCAUACUUUUGGUGGAUCGACUGAGCAAAGUGCAGUCAAUGCGGAUUGCAAGUUCGUCUCUUGCACAGGGGGUUGCGAUGAUGUCGGAAUGGCAAGCUCUUAUUGGCUGAUUGAAAAAAAAUAGGGGGUAGACCUCAAGACACCUAGCAUUGAGGUCUACCCACUAUACUUCCAAUCAAAGCCAAUCGGAACUCUGCGUCGUUCUGACGUCACCGCAACCCCUGUGCAAGAAGCAGACGACUUGCUCCCCACAUAGGAAAACAUUAAUUUGGACACCGCAUUUUGUAUGUCUAUAUUUUACCCGAAGUUUGGGUUUACAAAGUAAAAACUGGGCUAAAGGAGACAGGUUUUGCUUUCACAUUGAUCGUGGGCCAUGUUCACACAUACAGUCUAAGCUCAUUUCAACAGACCUGGUUACAACAGACAUUUGGAUGUAACAUACCAGUUUGUGAAGUUCAGUUGGAUUUCCUCUACGUAUCAUUGACUCAACUUUAUAUCUGCAUACAACAUACUCCUCUUACAACAGAACGAAAUCUUGGUCAAAUUCAAGGUUUGUUAUAACGAGCUUAGACUGUAUUAAGUGCUUCAUAUUUUUUCGUCAUUGAGAUUUCUGCAUUAGCAAGUAACACGGGCACGCUUUUGGCUGUGCCUGUGUUUACUUGCCAGCACCCAAGCUGUUUAUUUGUUGAAGUAACUAGAUUUGGUCAGAACACAGGACCUGAUUUUCAUACUUUUCGUUUUCUGAGAUGCUGCUGAUGCAACUUAGGUUUAAUUACCUAACGUGCUACUGCAUUGAAGAAGAUCCACAUGGCCAGAUGCACAUUACUCCGCUGAUCCACUGAUGAGUAUUACCGUAGUACAACCUCUUCUCACGCUUUCUAGCAACCGCCCGAGGCUUGCGUGGGGCACCUUUUGUCAUCACGGUCACUGCAAGACGUCAUCGAGAGAAAUGCAUGUUAACGGGGGCUAGACAAGGUUGCCAGCUCAGAUUGAAUCAUGCCCUUACUCCAAGCCUGGAAAUGCCACAAGCUUGGAAGGACUGAUCACUGCAUUUGCAGUUUCAGAUGCAGAAGUUGACUGGUACAUCUUCACAUUUGGCACUUUGAUGGCAAAGCAUGCCUCUGACUGAGCAACAUUCUUUCUAAACGGAUUCAGUUUUUUUUGUUUUUUUUGUAGGCUGUUGCUGUAAGAGGAGAGCAGGGAAGAGUAGGAGUUGUGAUCAAGCUGAGAUGCUCAGAGAACCUCCGAACGACUCUGUGAAAUGCUUUCCUUGCGCAGUGGCGUGGCUCUGUCGUGCGAUCGUUGUGGGCAUCCGUUCCUUGACAGGAUGUGGUGUCGGAUGAAAAGGUACAGCAUUGUGGCUGCUGACCUCUGUGUAAAGGCUCUGUAUGGACCUUUUUUUAUAUAGAUUUGUAUCAUUAUACGACACAUUUCCCAAUGUGAAAAGUCUUGCCAGACAAAUACUGUGUGUGGCCUUCAGUUUUUGUAGAGGAAAAACAUUUUGUAUGCUUCUUAUAGUAUACACACUUUUGUCACGAUAAAGAUUACUGAAAAGCCGA